AUGGACGAGGCUUUCACGACUCACGAGGGCACGCUACCGUUCGCGAGGCUCCAGUUUCUCCUCCAUCUCUUCUGCUUCCCCAUCGUCCUUCCCCAGUAUUUCUCAACUCCGGUCCCAUUUGUUUGGCGCACCGACGACAACAAGGCCAUCUCCGACCCGGGUUUCCAGGCACACCAGGCUUCCAGCAGGUUCUUGGUUCUCUCAAAGAUCCUUCAAUUCGACCAACCAAGGCCAACUCUUUAG